GGAAAAGGAAAAGCACAAGACAAAAAGUGGAAAGCGAUGGCGGUAGGGCGUCGUUCGAAGACGAGAUUGAGCAACGGGGAGCGAUCGGCAUACUACUUCGCAAGGUGUUCUCUCUCUCUCUCUCUCUCUCUCUCUCUCUCUCUCAAUAAGAGUUCAUAGUUUAAACAACCAGAAAAGCAGAGAAGAGAGAGAGAGAGAGAGAGAGAAUCAGGGGCCAGAGAUCAUUGAUGAUGGAACAACAGAAUGACAAUGAAGAAAAACAACAAGAACAAGAACAUGUACAAAAGAUAUGGAGUUGGGGUGCAGGAACGGAAGGGCAACUAGGCACCGGUAGGCUAGAGGAUGAGCACCUCCCUCAACUGCUUCUUCAUCACUCCUCCCUUCUUCCACGUUCUGAUCCCAUCUCUCAACUCGCCUGCGGCGGCGCUCAUGUUAUUGCCUUUACUUCCGGUGGGAAGGUACUCACUUGGGGUAGGGGUACAUCUGGUCAACUAGGCCAUGGUGACAUGGUUAACAGCUUAUGUCCAAAGGUUGUGAGUUCGUUGGAAAAUAACUUUAUCACCCAUGUUUCUGCUGGGUGGAGCCACUCUGGAUUUGUUUCAGAUGGUGGGUGUGUUUUUACCUGUGGGGAUGGUUCGUUUGGUCAGCUUGGGCAUGGGGACUACAGGACACAUUGCUCUCCUGUAAGAGUCUCAUACUUUGUUAAUAAGCAUGUUGAACAGAUAGCAUGUGGUAUGCGCCAUUCACUUGUUUUGUUGAAAGGUGGCUCAGGAGAUCAAAUCUAUGCAUUUGGAUCUGGGAAACGUGGUCAACUGGGGAUCUCCAAGGAUAAGGUCAAAUCAAUUAGUCUUCCUGAAGUAACUUAUGGAUUGGAAGGUGUCAAAAUUGUUAGCAUAGCUGCAAAUGGAGAUCAUAGUGCAACAUUAUCUGUUGAUGGGUGUCUUUACACUUGGGGAAGAGGGUUCAGUGGCACUCCAGAUGUUCAAUUUCCUCAGGUUUUACCUUCAUCCUUGCGGUUUACCAUAGUUGCUGUUGGUUGGAAUCAUGCUCUAGCAUUGACUGGUGAAGGGGAAGUUUUUAUGCUUGGUGGCAACUACCAUGGAGUCCUUGGUGAUCUUGAGAAAAUGAGCCCAGCAAAGCAAUUUCCUGCAGAUUCAAGAGAAGCUAUUCUGCAGAAGGUCCCUGGUCUUAAUGACAUAAAAACUGUGCAAAUUGCAGCUGGAGCUGAGCAUUCUGCUGUGGUAACAGAAAAUGGAGAGAUAAAAGCAUGGGGUUGGGGUGAACAUGGUCAACUUGGCUUGGGAAAUACAUGUGAUCAAACUAGCCCUCAGGCAGUGAGUCUGAGUCACACUCCCAAUGAAGCUACCGCAUUUAAAGUUUAUUGUGGAAGUGGGUUUACAUUUGUCAUCAUGUCUCCCUGCAACCCUUCUCAAACUUGAUAUAUCCUUGCUGAGAAAUUCGACCAUUUGUCAUGGUAUCGAAAUAUCUUGCAAGGAUAUAUAGUUGCAGCAAUUUGUCCCAAACCUGAAUCAUUGAUUGCCAAUGUAGUUUGGUUUUUAACUGCAUCAUGCAGAGCCUCUGGCUCAACUACUAAAGGAUGAGGUGGGUUAGGGUUGGAAUAAGCUUAGGCAGAAAUCUUUCCUAUCCCAAAAUAAAUAAAUAAUAAUUGUAGAAUCAUCUAUCCAUAACUGCUUUUUGCCAAAUUCUUCAUUUGUUCAUAAUGAGAUUCACAUUGUAUUCACAUGUUAUCACAGGUUACAUGUAUAUUCAAAAAAUGAUUAAUGAGAUCACUCAGUAUUACAUGGAUGUGUUUUACAACAAGCAACAGGAAAAGAAAAGCAUCUAACAGUGUUACAUUUACUAAAUCCUCUCUGAGUUAAAAGAAUCAUGAGCUACCCACUGAAUCUGUUUCCAAGGAG